GUAUUAGCUUAUCCUGCGACUUCCGACACGUUCCUUGAAUUCAUUGAAACGCAGUUGUUUCUCAUGGGCCGUGGUGCAUACAGAGGCAGCUGCUGUUGUUAGCUGUGGCACCUAUUUUCUUACUCUACUGCACACAACCACAUAACUGUACUCCCUAAAGCGCAAGGCAUUUGGGAAUGCCGCAAAAAGGCGAUGAUGAGAUUCCUGAGGAGGACUUUGAUCUGUGCGACGGAGACGCAAUGAUUGACGGAGACGAGGAGGAGAUUGACAUAGUUGACGACGGUAGCAAGCUCAGCGACGAGACCCGGAGGUUCGACAGCAUUGUGGGAGCGCUUGAAGAUGUAUUAAUGGAUCCAGAUUUCGAGGAGCUCAGAGAGGGCUUCUGCCGCGAGAACUGUCAGCACUUCGAGGACUCGGACGAGAACAAGCUCAUCUACACAGACAUCUUCUCCAAGUAUACAGAACUUGUUGAGCGCACGAUUGAGAGCAAGCUUGCAGACGCAGUGCCAGGGUUCAGCAUGCAGGAGUUCAUGUCGCUCCUCGAAUCGCACAAGGACAACCUCAUGUCCGACGUGUUUGACCUGCUCCUAUCGCUAGCGGACUUCGAGACGUUUAAGGAGGUAAUGCUCUCCUACAAGCGCGACCUCAGCGAGGGUCCCACGUUCCAAAUCAACUGCACGCCCCUGCGCGUGUACACGGAGGAGCAAGAGGACGGGGAUGCGCGGCCGGACCUGGACCUCUCGCUGCAAAUCUCACCCAUUGGAGCUGGGUCGUCGUCUAAGCGGUGAUGCGGUGCAGCGCGUGGGCGCAGCUGGCAGGGAUGGCGGCGAGGCGGCUCCAUACAUGUGCAACUAGCCUUUCAUGCAGUGAUGGACGCCCCAGCCAUGCAUUCAUGGGGAGCAGAGUACUCAGAGGCAUGGUAGUGGCAUGGCGCGGUAGACAGGAGGGCGGGCCGAUGUGUCACAGGUGGGAAGGAGGCGGACGGGUAUGGGCGCUUAGAUUGUAGGGAAGUCGUAAUGGGGUUGGUCGCGUGUCUGAGGGCUGUUUAAGCAACCAGCAUAUGCGGUCCCAUGGGUGCAGCCCAGUAGUUGUUGGGUGUACAAAGGUUGUCGUCCCCUUGUCAAAGGGCAACAUGGAGAGAAACGACUGGGCACUGGGAAGGGGGUAUCCAUCGCGCGUCAUGACAGCGCACGUUUGCGUGCUUAGGCAAAAUAGGUGCACGAAACGUGUGUUCGUUGCCUUGUGUUAUAUGUGUUGUAGCUACCCAUGAGGCGGGCGUGAAGUACGAAUGCGCGCGACUUCGGUGGGGACACUUCGAGUGCAGUUGAGCUUUUCGGGCGCCCGGCUUUUGGGGGACUGAAGUUGGCGCACCUGGGUCAGCAUCCUAAUAACCUAACAGAUUUUAGAGGUCAUUAGAAAUUCUAUGCCGGUCUUUUGGUGGACGCCAUGGUUUAGCAAGAUAGUUGUAACCCUUUGGUCUUAAGGUAUGAGAUUAACUUGUAAUGCAGACACCCUAGAAUUGUCCGCUUUAGGUGUGGCAAAUGGGUCUUCGGGCCUAGUAGUAUGGAUGUUAUUCACAGCGGGGAGCCACGAUAGCUUUUUAUGAUUUGUGGGUGUGAGCUUCGGACGGCAGGCACCCUUGGUUUUCCGUUGGGCUGUCUGGCUGGUGGCUGUGUCUCUUGACGCUGCAUGGUAGGAACAGCAUAAGGCUUGUUAAGCCGACUGUCGGUGUUUUGAGUGACACAUGCAUGGCGUUCCAUUCCAUGCAUGCACGAGAGAGCAUGUGAAAACGGCAACCGUCACUGUAUUACGCAUCGUUCUCUCAAUGAGCUAUGGACAUCGCUCGCAUACUGGGGUUGCGUUUGACCGAAACGACCCACGGGUCACUGCAAUGCGUAGGACCAAAUGGCUACAUUCCAAGGUGCCGCCAACAUAGAAAGCCACCAGUGCAUCCCGAUUCUCAAACCUGGACUGGGCGUCACAGGGCGUGUGGUGUUGUGUGACUGGGUUCUAGGCAUGGGAGCUGGUUUGCCGACUGUUAUAGCGCAUUGCGGCAAUGAAUUAAGGAACGCAUGGCGUUACUCCGGGGUACCGGUACCGGGCAGGUGGACUUUCCGGCAUUCGCUUUUACAUCUUACCAUAAGUAAGAUACCACCAAAGUCCUGUAUAAGCCUCAACAGCUA